GAAAUUGACAUCUAGUAAGUCAUGUCAUAGCUGCAAAAUUCGAAAAUAUGUUACAAUAGAGUUUAAUCGAGCGCAGGGCCUGGAUGAAAGAUUCGGAAAAGCAGUAAAAAUGAAAACCGGUAAACUGCGCGACGUUGGUGAGCGGAAGCCAGAGAUCAUCUUGGACCAGGUUGAUAGCCAGCCGCUAGCAUCCGGAUCCGGAUCCCAGAUCCUGCUGGAUCCAGACCAUCGGGAGCCCCAGGACCCCAUGGACCCCAAGGACCCCGCAGAGCCCCAGCAGGUCCGGGCGCAGGGUGGCCAGAGCUCGCAGUCGGCGAACAGCAGCGAUGCGGGUCAGAGCCAGAACCAGGACGCGGGUGCCGGCUCCGGGUCUGGCGAGGACCAGGUCCAGAGCCAGAGCCACAGCCCCAGCCAUAACCCGAGCCAACAGCAGCAGCAGAGCCACAACGAGAACGACGACCAGCAGCAGGAUGCGCCCAAGAAGCGCUGCGACAAGUGCGGCAAGAAGCUGGGCCUGACCGGGGGAUUCCCCUGCCGCUGCGGCGGCACCUACUGCGCCGUCCACCGCUACAGCGACCGCCACGAGUGCAGCUUCGACUAUCGCGAGAUGGGCGCCACCGAGAUCCGCCGCGACAACCCCGUCGUGGUGGCCAGCAAGCUGCGGAAGCUCUAGGUCCGCUUCGGCCCACCACCCAACCUCACUACCCCACUCAUCCCGAGACCCUGCCAGGGAUCCUCCACGGACGUGACAUGACCAAGCCAUCGGAUCCAUCGGAAAACUAUCUAAACUAAACUAAAAGACAACAUCUAUCGAGAGUUUAAAAACAUGAAAAAUAAUUGGUGGGCUGCUAUAAUAAAUACCAAUCACAGGACAUUUUA